CCAAAAUUACACAUUUCUCUUCCUUUCAUCUUCAACCUAAACACUAUUCUCUUCCUCACCGUUGCUACUGUGCAGUGCUUUUCCGCCGCCUGCUGCCGCCGCUGGUAGUGCUGUUCCUUUCCGCCACCGCUAUCCGUUGCUGCCGUCGGAAGGUUCCGCUUCGUUCUGUGUUCCUCUCGUCUCCUGCAAUCUUUUUAGUGACAAUGUCGAAUAUUAUUAUGUUUGAGGAUAUUUUUGUGAUUGACAAACUCGACCCAGAUGGUAAAAAAUUCGAUAAAGUGUCUCGUAUUGAAGCAAACAGCCAGAAUUGUGGCAUGUUCAUGCAACUAGAUGUGAACACAGAAAUUUUUCCUAUGGCUGUUGGUGAUAAAUUCACCAUGGCAUUGGCUCACACUCUAAAUUUGGAUGGUACACCUGACACUGGUUAUUUUACUCAGGGAGGAAGGAAAACUCUUGCUGACAAGUAUGAAUACAUUAUGCAUGGGAAAUUGUACAAGAUCUCAGAAGAAGGUUCAGGAAGAAAGGCUAAAGCAGAGAUGUUAGUUUCAUAUGGUGGGCUUCUCAUGUUUCUAAAGGGUGACCCUUCUCAUGUCUCUCAUUUUGAACUCGAUCAGCGUCUUUUUCUUCUUAUGAGGAAGCUGUAAAGCUCAUUGCUAAGUUUGCCUCUAUAGCUGAUGUGCACGGUAUAAUCUUCUGCCGGCCAACUUAUUUCUCAUUCGAAACUGUGCCCCGUGUCCUCUGUAUCUUAUGGUGCAUUUGCUUAUGUCAAACUCGGAACUUAGUUGGGAGUAUGAUUUUCUUAUGUAACUAAACAGGAAACCGAAUGAUGAUAACCAGCAAGAAUUUUAAACUUAUGAUGUGUAUCUUUUUUCACUAUAAAUGAUUCGUGCUGUGUGUUGGUAGUGGCUUGGUUUGCACUUUGCAGGAACAGAUGGAAAUGCAAUUGUUGCAGUUUUGAGUAAGAAAAUCUACGGCUUAAAUAUCAA